CCCCAACCUUCCCCACAAGCCUGAACCUUUCAGGGGCAUGGAUUACCUCGGGACGCCUAAUCUGAACUUCCCACUAACCAUGUUUUUUUUCGUGCGGUGACAGUUAUUCCCACAUGACGGCCUUUCUCAGUCUCUUCUCAGCCUCUUUCGGUUCUUCGCCAAUCAAGCGAUCUUUGACAUCUGAUUCGGCGCCCCAGACUUCGUACGGAUAUAGCUUACCAUGUCUUCAUUCCGCAACGCAAGUCCUGGCAAUGAUCUGAUGCAGGCCGGCGGCUUCACCGACACAUUCAAAACAAUACUACGCGCGGGAGGCGGAUGGGGAACUGUGAGCGGUCCGGGUUUAUUGUACGUCUGUCCACAUACCUUUCCUCCUCUACUUACCACAUGUCCAGCAUGGUCCGAGUCGUCCUGUCAGGCACAAUCGCUUCAGUCUUCAUGGGUAUGACAGGUGCCUCAAUUGGUGCCCUCAUUUGGGACACCGCGACCAUCCCAUUCAUUUUCUCUGCAUGCAGCGGCUUCGUCCUGGGCGCUGUUGGGUUCUACCGCGACGCUGUACGGAAAUCUCUGCGCAGUCUGGACCGGUACCCGCGAUUACUCCAAUUACAUCUUGAUGCCAAUUUCCCCCACCGAGGGUUCGACACAUGGCCCAGUACGCGGUUCAGAAGCGGAUAUUUCGCGUCAACCUGGGUUCUACGGAGUAUGCUGGUUGCAAGCUGGCUGACGGCAUCGAACGCAAUCGAUCGCAUCCUGGAAGCCGAAGAGGAAACCAUUCUCGCUCCAUUCACGAGGGUGGUAGAUCUGGAAGCUGACUCUCAGAUGGAAUGAACAUGCUAUGGGUGCGAGGGCUUUUGAACAUUGGACGACCACUUGGUACCAUUUUACCGCGAGGAGCGUGCUACUUCUAAGUGGAGAAGCAAUCCGCCAUUAGC